AUGCUUACUGCCAGGAGACUGCAGAACGCUUGUCCAUCAUGCGCAGCGCGGAUUCUGAAAUUUUAUGUGCAUUCAAUCGCAGAAAUUAAUCCUGCCGCAGUUACAAAUUCACGGCAGGCCUUCUCGAGAAGCAGGUUGCCUGGCCGGAGGCAAAAUGCGCGAUUCUUGUCGACAACGUCGACGAAAUCGCAGGAUGGGCGCACCGAGGACGUAGGUGAGGGUCAGAUGUCACAUCAUGUCCCAGAAGAACUCACGGCACGACCGGACCAGCCACGAUUACCACCGAACCAAGACCCCGAAACGAUAGUCCGACAGGCGAAGCGCAUGUUUGGCGACACCCUCCCAAGCGGUUAUUUGUCCGAGGAGGAACAUAAAGUGUAUGAAAGACUUUAUGGAGCACCACUACGUGCCACAAGACCAGAAGAUGUCGGGUUCGGGUCUCUCGGUGAGGUCGGAGACGAAGAUGCGUUUGGCCCGACAAAGAAUGCGCUGCUAAGAGAGACUCAGCAUGGCAGACUGGAAGAGGUGGAAUACACAUCGCAGUCUGUUCCGAGGGUUGGCGAAGCUGAGGACGAAGAAGACCUCGUAGGGGAGCUGCUGACACCCCGGCCACCGAGUGAUGCGCAACUUGGAUACAUCGAGGCCAAUGCCAGCAACCAGCGCGAGUACGAUGCUCUCCUACAGCUCCAGAAGGAUUUUGAAGCGGCAAGGAUCAUUGCAGUCCAAGACGCGGUGGUAGCCGCGUCGCAAGAGGCGGCAUACGAAGCACAGCUGGGAGAGGAAGAAGUAGAGGAGGAAUACGAGGACGAGGAGGAGGGGGAAGAAGAAGAUGUUGAUGAUGGGGAACCAGAUGCCCAACUUUUGGACUGGUUUCCAGGUCAGGAAGGCCCACGGCAACACCAGUACACAACGGAGGGCCAGUUCAGAACAUCACCGAGCACGCUGCAGCUGCCGAAUGUCGAUUUUGUUGAACCCAUUGCACAAUUGCUCAAGAGAACGGACACAAAACACAUCCGAGCUACGGCCGAGAAGCACUGUGGUGGUCCCGGCCUCCCGCACUCGCCAGCUACUCCCCGGUCCGGUAGAAACCUGCCGCAAAAAGGUCUGGGUUUGGAAGCAGGGCACCACAGGAUGUCAGAAAUUGAUGCAGACGCUUUCAUUGCAACCGCGCUGCCUGGUAUUUACGCGUCUGUCGCGAGCACUCUGGUAGAGGUGCGCAAGAGGCUUGGCCCGGAAUGGCUACGCGGCCUUCUGAACCGAAAAGACGCCAACGGCGAAGGACCCCGGGUCCUUGACGCUGGUGCUGGUGGUGCUGGAUUGGCAGCAUGGCAGAGCGUGCUACAGACGGAGUGGGAUAUGUUGCGCGACAAGGACGGAGCCAGCGAGCCAGACCCAGGACCGCCAGGGAAGAGGACAGUCGUUGUUGGGUCGAAUCAACUACGACACCGGAUCUCGCGAUUUCUUGAGAAUACUCAAUUUCUGCCCCGCCUGCCAAACUACACGCACUCGGUAGACAACAUGGAGAAGCAACUUGAUGCUUCCGAGGUUCCACAAAACCGGAAGGUGUACGAUGUGAUCAUCGCUACACACCUCCUAAUGCCCCUCGAAAAGGACUGGAGGAGGAGAGACAUCCUCGAUAACCUGUGGUCAUUACUAUCGCCCGAAGGUGGUGUGCUUAUCGUUUUAGAGAAGGGACAUCCAAGAGGAUUUGAGGCUGUUGCCGACGUUCGCGAACGCAUCCUCGAGAAGUACAUUGUCCCUCCUACAGCCCAAGGCGCACCAGAGAACAUUGAGCAGGAUGUGGAGCGGACUCGUGAGCCCGGCAUGAUUGUUGCGCCAUGUACGAACCACUCCAAAUGUCCCAUGUACCUGAAUCCUGGCAUCAGUCCAGGACGUAAGGACUUCUGCCACUUUAGCCAGCGAUUUAUCCGCCCUCCAUUUCUGCAAAGGAUAUUAGAAGCAAACCACCGCAAUCAUGAGGACAUCAACUUCAGCUACAUCGCAGUCCGCCGCGGCAUGCCAGCUUCGAACCCCACUUCGCAGGAGCCUCCCUCAACUGGUGCCGAGGACAGUUCUGAUCUUGUCAGCCCGAAACCCGUCCUUCAGGGCGUGGAGGCUACAACAAAAGCUUUCGCUGGUUACGAAGACGUGGCGUCCGACAGUUCAGACCGUCCUCAUCCGCUCUCCCUCCCACGCAAUAUUCUCCCGCCGCUCAAGCGCAAGGGCCAUGUGACGCUCGACCUCUGCACGCCAGCAGGCGCUAUCGAGCGAUGGACCGUGCCCCGGAGCUUCAGCAAGCAGGCGUAUCACGACGCGCGCAAGGCAAGAUGGGGUGAUCUGUGGGCUCUGGGUGCGAAGACUCGCGUGAGGCGUGCGGUACGGCUCGGCAGGGGCAUUGCCGAAGGCGAGGUGAUACCCCAGGAUGGUGGAGUCCGGGCUACCAGGGCUUCUACGAGUGGCAAGAAGGGGCGGGCCAAGGUCGUGGAGCUGGAUUAUGAUGGCAAGGGCGUCUUGUCGGGUAGGCCACGGGGUCUUGUUGGGCAGAGGCCUGAGAGGAGGACAAAGAGCGGGAGAAAGCCGCCUCGGAAAAGAAAUCUUCUGAAGGAAGAGGAAGAGGAUGAGUAUUGA